CGUGCUACCUUGUGGGUUGGAGUUUCCACAUCCACUUUCCACUUUGACUGUACCCAUUCACGCUUGUUCCUCUCUUCUUUGUCCUUCCUCACCCACUCUUUAACCCUUUUCACUCUUCUUCUCUCUUCUCUCUGUCUAAUUUUUCAGUUUCUUCAUUCAAUUCUACUUUCACUCUCUUAUCCUUUCUCUCUAUUCUAAGUUGGUGUGUGAGGUUGGGUAGAAGGGGAGACUUUAUCUGUGUGGUAAGGACACAACAGCAUGCGGUGGUGGCUUAGUCUUUCUGUUGAUGUGUUUCGCAAAGGGAUUUCGUUGAAUCUGUACUGUAAAGUGAUUCUGUAAUUUGUGUGGUGUGAUCUAAACUUUCCCCAUAUUCUCUUUAAGCAGUUUUCAUGGGAUCCAAUUUAUUUGUUGUUCUUUCUUGCUACUUCUGUCAGAUCAGCUAAAGGGUAGUAUUAGCAAGAUUUUCGAAAGACCCUUUUCUUUCCUUUUUGUAGGAGUAUUUAGUUGUUGGUGUGUGUUUAGUGAUUUGGGCAUAGUUUAUUUGUUUAAUCAAAUUCAAAACCUGUUGCACUGGGUGGAGUUGAUCAGACUAAUUGUUGUCAGCAAAAGCGUGGUUUUUGCAUUUUGAAUUGAAGAGGUUGGAAAGUAGUUAUGGUGUGCCAAGCAGCGAGUCAAACGAGAUUUCGGGCGUUAAAACAUGAAAGUGGAAUUGCCAGGAACUCCACCAUUAUAGUUAGAGUUAUAGCAUGUUUUCAACCUCUCAGAGAAUGCCAGGCUGAAUAUUUCCGUCAUUUGCUCAAACCUGUCACGUAAUUUGCCUUGCUCCGUUUGGGUGGGUUAAGCUGGUUCUUUUUAGUUGUUUUCCUUGUUCGUGAAACAAAGUAUCUUUUGUAACAAAUAGCUCUUGAGUUGAAAUCGUUUUUUCUUCAGAUGUUAGGUGAUUGUUCUGAUAAAAUGGGAGAAGAUUGUGGAACCUGGAUACCAAAUCUGCAAUUAGGAUGGCAAUCACCAAAUUUGAAUCCCCUUGAUGUAGGGAAGCUAGGUGGUAUUUCUGCAGCCAUGAACCCAGCGGUGAAUAUGGUUUCUGCAUAUGAGACAAUACCAGCUUAUGCAUCCUCUGCACUACAACCUCGUUUGCAGUUAGGAUGUUCCAGUGAUCCGCGUGGUUGGUUUUAUUGUCUGCCUCGCUUUCGACAAGAAUUUUCCCCUGCUCCGAACUUCACUGUUGAAGGAAAAACCCCUGUUGACCAUGUGAGAGGUUUUGAGGACAAAAAUGCUCCAUUUGGCGAGUCUACCUCACCACGAAAACAAUUUCUCGUCAUUGACCAGACUGCUGGUCAAACAACUGUUGUUUAUAGUUCUAGGUUUGGAAGUCCUUGUGAGUGCCUUGCUUCUUGGCAUUCAAAACUACGUGGUGGUAACAAUUGGAGGGGGGAUGAACCUUGUUUUAGAAGAGAUUUGAAUUUGAAUCGUAUGAAUGAGCCAACUUUGGCUGACAAGGUGCAUGAGAAUCAUGAAACUAGCAUUGAAAGCGAGAUGCAUGAAGACACAGAAGAAAUUAAUGCAUUGCUUUACUCGGACAGUGAUGACUAUUCUGCCCAGGAUGAUGAUGAUGAUGAUGAUGAUGAUGAAGUUACAAGCACUGGGCACUCUCCUAGUACAAUGACCACUCAUGAUGACUGCAAGACCUCUAGGGAUGAAACUGUGAAUGAAGUUGCAAGCUCUGCAAAGAAAACCAAGAAGAGGAAGUUAUUGGAUGAUUGUUAUGACGACAUACAACUCACUGAUACUGCCAGUUCUCAGAAUAUGAACAAAUCUUCAGCCACAUGUGAUGACUCAGAAUCAAGAUGUUCGAGUACCAAAAACGGUGGAUCUUUGUCUAGCAACAAGAAGAUGAAAAAGGAGAAGAUUCAAGAUGUCCUCAGCAUUCUGAAGAGCAUAAUUCCUGGAGGGAAAGAUAAACGCCCGGUUAUGCUCCUUGAUGAUGCAAUACGCAGCUUGAAAUCAUUGAAACAGAAGGCUCAGGCACUCGGACUUGAUGCCUUGUAAGUUGGAAAAUUCUUUCCCAGACAUAUCAUUUGUCUAUGACUAAGUAGUACUUUACAGUAUUAGUUCUGUUGCAACGUAUGAAGUUUGAAAUACUAAGUAUAUCUGUCUUGUAAAGACCGUUGAUGUAGCGAGUGUAAUCUACAUUAGGCAUUGUGCAAGGAAAGACGGGAAGUGUUCAGUGUAGCAAGCGCAAUAAAAUAAAGGGACUUUGAAUCAUUAGUCUGUGUCUUAGUCUAAGAGAAAAGUAGCACUCAAACCAGAGCAUGGUAAGUGAAGCAUUUUGAAUCAUUGAAUGAGAAGGGUGGUUGGUUGUUCCAAAUAAGUCUCCAUAAAACGAGUGCAUGCUGAUAUGGGGCCCAAAACCUGCUUCCUCUUUUUGUAUCCUUGUCACGUUUAAUCCUUUGCAGGUUGUAAUCAAAUGAAGAAAAAUUUCAGUGGCUGAGAGAUUCAGGAAACUGGUUCACAAGUUUCCACAUGAUGGUUGCAGCAGUGUAUGAAACAGAUAUUUGUUUUGAAUUGUGUUUAGUACAUUUAUGGGGUUGCAUUGUGUGUAUCGUAAUUGGUGUAUGACUAUGGACUACUUGAAGAGGAUUGGAUUAUUCAUGUAUCUCUUUUUUGGAUGUUAUUUAUUAUGGAUGGUGUUA